AUGGGUUCUUGUGCAGGAUCAGGAUAAAAUAAAUAAAAACAAUUAAGAGAUGAUAGAAUCAGAACAGAACCAGAUAAGGAAAGAGGAAGUGAUGCUUUCACAGGUGGGAUCAAUCUCUCAAAUGCAUCAAAAAAAAGUCCAGAUUUGAAAGGAUUGGAUUUGCCAAAUUCUAAAAAGAAGACAAUGAAAAAGUAAGAAAGUCUUAAAGUCACACUUUCAAUCACAAAUGGUCCUAUUACAAAAUAUUAUAUUCGAAAGAACCUUCGUUAUUUAGAAGGUGUAAAUUUUAAAGAUAAUAUGUUUGUUGUUCAACAUAUCGUUACUGGAAAAAUUCGAGUAGCUGAAAGAUUUUCAAUUAAUACACUAACGAGUGCAUUCAUAAAUAAAAUAAUCUACUUAUAAUUAGUAAAUAUUUGAUCUAUUUUAGAAUCAUCCUAAUUUGCUUGAUAUAUAUGGAAUAUUUUAGGAAGAUAACUAUUACACAAUUAUUUCUGAUUAUUGUAAUGGAGGAUCAUUAUUAACAUUACUUUCUGAAAGGAAUUCUCAUUUUGAAGAGGGUAUUGCUGCUUAAUGUUGCAGAUAAAUAUAUGAAUUGAUGGGUUAUUUACAUAAAUAUGGACUUUAUCAUGGUUAAUUAAGUUUGAAGAGUUUUGAGAAAUAUAAUUAAGGAAAGAAACAAUUUAAACUAAAACUUGUUGAUUUUAGUUGUUUAUUUUGUAAAUCAGAUAUUAAUGAAAAUAAUGUAUAAUUUUUAUCACCUGAAUGUUGUAAUGAAAAAUAAAGUUAUACUGCAGCUAGAGAUUAAUGGGCAGUUGGAAUUAUUACUAUGGCUAUAGCUUUUGGUAAAUUACCCUUUGAUGCAAAUUCAUUAUAAGAAUGUUUGGACAAUAUUCAAUUAUCUUGUAAAAAGGAAGGUUUUUUAUAAAAAGAAUUGGAGAAAUAAAUUGGUAAUCCUUUAAUUAAAGAUUUGAUACUAUAAUUUUUACAAGUUGUUCCAUCUAAAAGAAUAGAUUUUUUUUAAGCUUUAGAAUCUAAAUGGAUGAAAAAUUAUGAAUAAGUUACUAAAUAAUAAUUUAAAUAAUGUUUAGAUGAAUUAACUAAGAAAAAAGAGGCAAACUUUCUUCAAUCUUGUUUUCUUAUAAUGAUGAUCAAAUAAUUUGAUGAUUAAUACUCUUAAAUAUAAGAAAUAUUUAAUGGAUUAGAUCUUGAUAAGAAUGGAAGACUCACUAAACCAGAAUUAGUUAAACAUUAUACUUAAUAUUUUAAUGGUUAAUACAAACCUUAUGAGAUCUAAGAAUUUGUAAAUGAAAUAUUUGAUGCUUCAGAUAUAAAUCAUAGUGGUGAUCUAGAAUUUUCUGAAUUUUUAAUUGCCUUAUCAAAUCAAAAAACCAUUAUAAAUAAUGAAAAUUUAAAAUCCAUUUUUAAUCAAAUUAAUUAAGGUCAACCUUUUGGAUUUAAUGAAUUACAACCAUUAUUUAGAACUAAGGAAGCAGAACUUCAAAAUUCACUUUAAUAAAUUCCAAAUUAAAUUGUAUACUUUAUGUUAUAUAUUUUAGAUUAAUUUUGAGGAGUUUUAAAAACUUAUGUUUGAAUUAAUAGAAAAUAAAUGA